CUGAGCCGACACAGGAUCUCAGGCAGAAUGGCAGCUAGUUCACUCAAAGUGCUGCUGCUCAUUUAUCUCACAUGUCCCGAAUCUACCGGCGCACUAUCCGAAGCAGACAAGGAGGUUCUGCUUGAAGCACACAAUCAGUUUCGCUCUGAAGUACCUGAUGCAUCUAACAUGCUGAAAAUGAAUUGGGAUAAAGAUUUGGAAGAAAUCGCUAUUGAAUAUGCACAGAAAUGUAUCUGGGGACACAAUAAGGAAAGAGGAAGAACUGGGGAAAAUUUAUAUGCAGUUACUGGCCUACUCAAUAUAAAAGAAGCAGUGGAGAAAUGGUAUUUUGAAGUUAAAGAUUAUACAUAUGAGACAAUGGAGUGUACUCCAAACAAACUAUGUGGCCACUACACACAGCUUGUUUGGGCAGACAGUGAUAAAGUGGGCUGUAGUAGUCACUUUUGUGAAGAAGUCCAAGGCCUGAAUCAUAAAAACCUGUCUCUUCUGGUCUGCAACUAUCUCCCUCCAGGCAAUGUACUCGGAGAAAAACCAUAUAAGAAAGGAAUACCUUGCAGUGAAUGCCCAGAUGGAACUAAGUGCAUUGAUAUGCUUUGUACAUCUAUACUAGAGCCAGAACCAGAACCAGUCACUGAGGCCAAGCCUAAAAUGGAGGCAGAGGCAAAGCCACAGCCAGUCACAGAGUCAGAGGCAAAACUGGAGCCAAUCACUGAGUCACAUACAAAACCACAGCUAAUCACAGAGUCAGAGGCAAAAGUGGAGCCAAUCACAAAUUCACAAACAAAACUGCAGCCAAUCACAGAGUCAGAGACCAAAAUAGAGUCAACCCCAGAGUUAGAGACUAAACUGGAGCCAAAAAUAAAGCCAGGGACAACUCUGGAGCCAACAGUAAAGCCAGGGACAACUUUGGAGCCUCAUACAGAGGAAAAGACCAUACCAUAUCUAAAGAAUGACCCAGAGAUGAAAUGGACAGUGAUACUCCAAGACCCAAAUUUUCUGCAUCAUUCAAAAUGUGAACAAGUAAACAAUGGGAAUUUGACACUCUCCUCGUGUAUUCUGACAUUCAUCAUGUUAUUGGUUUUGUAUUUUGCACAAACCUAGUGUCAAUGACCUUACUUCCAGUAAGAUUUCCUGAGGCUCCCCCAGGGGAACACCAUCCUAGUAAAAGUUUGCAUUGGUAAAUACAUUGAUUCUAAAUAUACUAGCUAUAAAAUUUUUCAAACUGAAUUUAAAAUACUUUCCAAUUUGUCUGAUUUCCAAAAUGUUUUAGGUUGAUCAGUUUCAUUACUGGACCUUAAAAAAAACACUUGAAAUAGUUUUAGGUUGUAACUUGAGGCUCAUGUUAAUCUUAUCAUUGCUGUUCAGGUAGCACACUUGUUAACUUGUGAUCUAAGACCAGGUUCAAGAGCAACAGCUGAGAUGAGCUUUUAAAUCCAAUGGAAAACCAGAAGAUAUAGUGAAACCAUAUUUUUGUUUUUUUCUGCUGCUUCUUGUUCUUCAUCUAAAGAAAGCAAUGGAGUUAGCCUUUUAAAAACAUAUCAAAUUCUCAUUAAAGCCUUUAAUGGUCUUUGUAAUAUUGAUGGGAACCUAUGCGAUAUCAGAAACUAAGCAUCCACUUCAUCAAUCACCAUCAAGAACUUAAUUUACUGUUGUAUUAAACAGAACUGAUACUUCGAUUAGCUGAGCAGUGCUCAGUUCAAGGAUUCUUUAACAAAUGAGCAGCAUGUGGCUCAAUAUUUCCAUGUUUUGAUUUGCUGUAUAUUUCACUGUCCCUUGAGCAAAACCAUCACUACCAGGUUAUGGUUGUUUAAGUAAAUUGUUAAAGCAGCAGCAACAAAUUAUAUUUCUGUGGUGUUUCUAACUCAGUGUUAAAAUGCCUUUCAAUCUUUCCUUACCCAUGCCAAGUUCUUCUCCAGUCUUACAUCACUUGCCAUGCAGUGCAUGCACUUGGCAGGGCACACAUUCAAACUGCAAUUAGAAGGGAAAGACUUGCCACCCUUGCAUCUUCUUGUGUUGUGUUCAUGAAUACAGUGAGUUAAGUGACAAUUGCUACAGUUUUAACAGCUUUGGAUAGUAACAUCUGAAAUUGUGACCUAGUGAACUGUGUCCUUUCUGAAUACCCUUGCAAAGCUUACCUUCGUUAUUAACAGGCAGGCAGACAGAUAGGACCUGUGGAUUACUCGUGUCCAUAAUGUCUCUCAUUUUAUUCAGUGCAACUUCAACCAUGAAAUAUUACAUUUUAGGGCAAAAUCCUAGUUUAUAAUGAAUGUGCCCUGUACUGUGUUUUCAAGAUAAAUGCCCAAGAAAACAAACCAUAGAUAGCAAAUUGCAACACUAAAUUAAAAUAUUUCUUUCAUUCAAGCGUUCACUUGCUCACAAAGAUUUUUAUUCAAUAAGAACAAUGACAUUCCUGGAACUGAUUUCCAGGGAUAUUUAUUUCACUGUUGCAUAAAAUCAGCAUCCCAAUGAAGCAAAGACAUGAAAACUAUGCAAUCAGCGCAGCACAAUGUACAAAGCAUUGCAAGGCAAUUAAGAAAUGAAUGACUGGCAUCCUUUCAGUUCUGUCAUAGCCCGUCUGCGCAUUGCUGUACUGACGCACAGUGCAACAGAACCCACUGAUCAAAUGAAGAAAAUGACAGGAUGAAUACCUCAAUUGAAAGAAAAGUGAACAACAAAAUCAAUUUUCUUGCAUUAGUAUCUUCGAUCUUUGUAGAUACAGACAGGAAAAUAUAGACUUUAUCACUGGAAAUGUGAUCAGGAGCACAAAGGGAUUUUCAAAAAUCUUGAACUGGAAUCCUGAUUUUGGUGGUUAAAAGGUGCAGCCUGUGUCUUAACAGAUGCCUUAAGCCAACAAGAAUGGCAAGACAUCCAUUUAUAAAAUGUAGCCCAAAUGAUUGCAAAGUUGCAGAAAAUUGUAUCUGAAUUCUGUUCAGUUUGACUCUUGUAAUCUCAUCGAGUAUUUUAAAUGAAUUGUUGCUAUCAAAGAGUCAUAGAGAUGUAUAGCACAGAAACACACCCUUCGGUCCAACUUGUCCAUGCCGACCAGAUAUCCCAACCCAAUCUAGCCCCACCUGCCAGCACCUGGUCCAUAUCCCUCCAAACCCUUCCUAUUCAUAUACCCAUCUGGGUGCCUUUUAACUGUUGCAAUUGUACCAGCCUCCACCACUUCCUCUGGCAGCUCAUUCCAUACGCAUUCUACCCUCUGUGUGAAAUCGUUACCUCUCAGAUCUCUUUUAUAUCUUUCUUCUCUCAGCCUAAACCUAUGCCCUCUAGUUCUGGACUCUUCUACCCCAGGGAAGAGACUUCGUGUAUUUAUCCAAUCCAUGCCCCUCAUGCUUUUAUAAACCUCUAAAACGUCAGCCCUCGUCUCUGUCGCUCCAGGGAAAACAGCCCUAGCCUGUUCAGCCUCUCCCUAUAGCUCUAAUCCUCCAAUCCUGGCAACAUCCUUGUAAAUCUUUUCUGAACUCUUUAAAGUUUCACAACAUCCUACCGAUACGAAGGAGACCAGAUUUGCAUGCAAUAUUCCAAAAGUGGCUGAACCAGUGUCUUGUACAGCCUCAACAUGACCUCCCAACUCCUAUACUCAAUACUCUGACCAAUAAAGGAAAGCAUACCAAACGCUUUCUACACUAUCCUAUCUACCUGCGACUCCAUUUUCAAGGACCGAUGAACCUUAGGACCUUACCAUUAAGUGUGUAAGUCCUGUUAAGAAUUGCUUUCCCAAAAUGCAGCACCUCACAUUUAUCUAAAUUAAACUCCAUGUGCCACUUGUCAGCCCACUGGCCCAUUAGAACAAGAUCUCAUUGUAAUCUGAGAUAACCUUCUUCUCUGUCCACUACACCUCAAAUUUUGAUGUCAUCUGUAAAUUUACUAACUAUACCUCUUAUGCUCACAUCCAAAUCAUUUAUAUAAAUGACAAAAAGUAGUGGAUCCAGCACCGAUCCUUGUGACACUCCACUGGUCACAGGGCUCCGGUCUGAAAGACAACCCUCCACCACCACCCUCUGUCUUCUACCUUUGAGCCAGUGCUGUAUCCAAAUGGCUAGUUCUCCCUGUAUUCCGUGAGAUCUAACCUUGCUAACCAGUCUCCCAUGGGGAACCUUGUUGAACACAUUGCAGAAGUCCAUAUAGAUCAAGUCCAUGCUGAUAGUAUAAAAUGAUUGUAGAUAACUGUCUGUUUACUUUUAUUCUGUAUUACAGUCUUGAUAUUUUGUGCUUUGAUCUAAAAAUGUGGAAAAUUGAUCAAAAAUAAAACAUCUGUAUACAUGU